AUGGUACAAUCAGGCAGCCAGAGGAACCUUGCCGAUGUACAGAACGUACAGGGUCAGCGUAGUGAGACGUGCCCAACAUGUUCACGCGAUGCGUAUCAGGCCGUCAGUAUAAAGGCCGAGGUAUUUUCAGAUGUAGAAGAAGAGGAGUAUCCUGUCCCGAUAACAUAUCCAGGAAUAAAGGCCGAACCUCAGAACCCUGCAGAUUUGGGGAAAGUACGAGAUCUGUGUAGUGAGAUAUGCCCAGCUUCUUCUCAUGAUGCAUAUCCGGCUGUCAGUCUGAAAACUGAGGUAUAUUCAGAUCCAGAAGAAGAGGAGUAUCGUGUCCCACUGACGUUUGUAGGAAUAAAGGCUGAACCUGAGAUUACUGUGUAUGAUCUUGAAACCCUACCUGGCAAGAAGCGGCAAUUCUUCUGUGACAUAUGUAAUAAAUCAGUCAGUCGCUCGCGUGAUCUAAAGAGGCAUCAUCGCAUACACACAGGAGAGCGGCCAUUUUGCUGUGAUGUGUGCAGUAAGUCUUUCAGUGAUGUGAGUAAUCUGAAGAAACAUCAGCGCAUACACACUGAUGAGCGGCCAUUUUGCUGUGAUGUGUGCAGUAAGUUAUUUAGAGAUGAGAGUAGUCUGAAAAGGCAUGAUCGCGCACACAGUGAGGAGCGGCCAUUUAGUUGUGACUUGUGUAAUAAAUCAUUCAAGCAACACUCAACCCUGAAGAUACAUCAACGCACACACAGUGGGGAGCGGCCAUUUUGCUGUGACUUGUGUAAUAAAUCAUUCAAGCACAACUUGACCCUGAAGAUACAUCAACGCACACACAGUGGGGAGCGGCCAUAUAGCUGUGACUUGUGUAAUAAAUCAUUCACACACCACUCGACCCUGAAGAUACAUCAAUAUGUACACACUGGGGAGCGGCCAUAUAGCUGUGACUUGUGUAAUAAAUCAUUCACGAACCCCUCGACCCUGAAGAUACAUCAGUACGUACACAGUGGGGAGCGGCCAUAUGGCUGUGACUUGUGUAACAAAUCAUUCAAGCGUCACUCGACCCUGAAGAUACAUCAGCGCACACACAGUGGGGAGCGGCCAUAUAGCUGUGACUUGUGUAAUAAAUCAUUCACACACCACUCGACCCUGAAGAUACAUCAAUAUGUACACACUGGGGAGAGGCCAUAUAGCUGUGACUUGUGUAACAAAUCAUUGUCAGCAGAGCCUUCUGAACAGUCAUCAGCACAUACAUAG